UUGAUAUGACUACCAUCUUAUUUGAGAUGGAUGUUCCGGUCUCUGGCGGGGCUCUUUUGGAGCCAUGAUUUCAGCGGCACGACUUCAGCUCCUUCAACGAAUGGCCCAUCUCAAAAAUCUCAGCCAUUGGGUCCCACUCUCCACAUGGUAAUGGGGCUUCAGCCAAGGACCGCAGCAAGGAGCAGACCGACGGACAGCUAUAGUUUGCAUCCAAACAGUCGCCCUCUUGCUUGGAUGGAAGAUUCAUCGAGCUCAAAUGGCUGCUGGCCUACGGCGAGAUCAUCAACGGCCGCUUCGCCAUGCUCUGCGCCUCCGGUGCAAUUGUCACCCAAGAUCUUGGGCAAGCUCGGCCUUAACCCGGCCGAGACCGCCCUCCACUGGUUCAAGACCGGCAUCAUACCCCCGGAGCACCGGCGAUACCAGGACCGGGCCUGGCCAGGCUUCAUGGGGAAGCCGUACUAUACUUUCUAGGAUUUGAGAAGUUCUUGGGUGGUUCCGGGGACCGUGCAUACCCAGGUGGUCCCUCGUUCAACCCUUCAGGGCUUGGAAGGACGACAAGUCCAGGAGGGAGUUGAAGCUAGAGGAGCUGAAGAACGGACGGCUGUCUUUUUGAUAGUAAUGUAGUUGGUUGUGUUUGUGCGAUAGUAGUAUGAGCAGCCGUUUUAUUAUAAAAAAAAAUUACAAAACAAAACAAAACAAAAGCAAACAACAAACGGGCGGCUGGCCAUGCUGGCUAAUCUUGGGAUACUUUGUUCAGGGCCUGGUCACUGGAUGGGGACCUAUCAGAAUCUAUUGGACCACUUGGCUGACCCAGUCAACGAUGACAUCUUGACCAGCCUAAUGUUCCACUAGGGUUACGGUUUUGUAAAUGGUGUGUUAUUAUUAUUAUUAUUAUUUGAUACAAAACCGGCAUAAGCCAAAGUCAAAAGAGUAACCAAUACGUUGCUUCCCGGUAA